AGAGACAGCCUGAAUGAUCUCAUCCCUCCAGCAGCUGCAUACCGCAGCGAGGCAAAGCCGUAACUUUCUAUCAAACUUCCAAGUUGCCUUUCGGAGGAGGAGGACGACCACAGCGGGGCCAUUUCCGAGCCGAACCACGGCCGACUCGUGAACUUCCCGCGUGGGCUUAAAAAAAAAGAAGCCUCCGCUACGUAGUUUUUUUUUUUUUUUUUUUUUGGUGCACGGGGACUUACAGCACCUUGCUACGAGUUGAGAGACAAAAGGAGGAAAACGCCGCUCCGCGCCGUGUGACAUCCAGAGCAGGAGAGGAGGCUUGUGUUCGGAGUGAGAGAAAAUGCCGAGCCGCCGCAGUAAAGACGCGGCAUGAAGCUCUGAAGAGGUGGACUCUCCUCGUCACUUGUUGAUCCAGACAAUCAGAUUCACUCAUGACAUCAGGGAGCAGCGCCAUAUCUCCGAGGCAGCCAUGUCCUCCUGCUGAGUGCCUUUAGCCUCUGGCACCGGUGCUAUGACCAGCCUGAAGCGCCCGCCCAUGGAGCGCACCGUCGGGGGUUCCGUCCCCGCCACCGAUGAGUUUUACACCCGCCAUCUCCGCGUGGUCAACGGAGGGGCCGUGCCGGCGCGCGCCGACAACGUCCACGGCACUGUGAGCACGGGAGUGCCUAAGAUGGGCGUACGGGCUCGGGUGGCAGAUUGGCCCCCCAGGAAAGACCAUUCGGGGGCCUUGUGGCAGUCACCUGCAGAGCCGGAGAACCCCAGCGUCCACCCGUCUGUCAAAAGCCACAUUAAGUUAGGCUCGAUCCUGAGCCCUCAGGAUUCAUCAAUGCUGCGCAACAUCCACAACACUUUGAAGAGUCGAACCCAGGCGCAGGCUAACAACUACAGCCCCGACACCCGCUACCUGGCGCCAAUAGACUAUAAAGGUCCCGCACACAGAAAUCCCCGGCAGAGGCGCGUCCGUCAGCGCAGCAACAGUGACAUGACUGUCGGGGAGAUGGAAGGCAGUGGGGACAGCGGGGAUGACUGGGGGCCGUUGUCAGGAGCCAAAUGGUCCCCUCUUCACCGGGAAUACGGCAGCACCUCCUCCAUAGAUCAGCAUGGAGUGUCUGAAGAGAGCUUCUUCGAAAUGCUGAAGGGUUAUCAAGAGGACAAAGUGGACCAGCGUAGCCCCGCCCCAGAGAAACUGGAGGACAUGCUGAAUGUCGGGAACAAGCAGUCCAUCGUCGACCUUCAGGAGGACGUCCCGGAUGGACAGCAUCCUAAGCCUAAGGACAGAGACAAGCCUCCAAAGAGACGCACCAAAUCUGAGACAGGAGGCGAGUCUAUAUUUCGAAAACUUAGGAAUGUGCGAGGCGAGUCGGACUCGCCCAGAGCCGGCUCCGACGCGGAGGACAGCCGGACGGAGGACGCGGGUCCUCCUCUGAAGCCCUGGGUGUGCCAGAAAGGCUUCUCCCACUACGACGUUCAAAGCAUGCUUUUUGACCUCAACGACGUCAUUCAGUCGCGGCACACGGCAGGAAAGAGGAAAAACACCACCACAGGUGCGUCUGCUGCUGCAGUAGCUUCAGCUACCUCCACCCUAUCGUCCACCCACAGUCUGCCUUACAGCUCGCCCAGUGGCAGCCAGGAAGAGCUCAGCUCCAGGGACAGUCCCGGCCUGGACGCUGGGGAGGAGCAGAGCAACGAGAUGCUGCUGAGCUGCCCCUGUUUCCGUAAUGAGAUCGGCUCAGACGGCAUCGGGAGGCGCAGACUGGGGACAGGCGGCGCAGGGUAUCAUGGACUCGGCAGCGGGGGCUCAGGGACUCUGUCCGGGGAGGGUAACUUGUACGAAACAUCCGUGAGCACACACUGCACCAAUGCUGGAGUCGCGGUCCUCGAGGGACCGAAGGAGGGCGCCAGCACACUCACUGAGAAGGGCAAACAGUACAUCGUGGAGCACGUGGAUCUGGGCGCUUACUACUACAGGAAGUUCUUCUACCUUAGAGAGCACUGGAACUACUUUGGGAUCGACGAAGCGUUGGGUCCAGUCGCGGUUAGCUUGCGCAGAGAGAAGUUGGAUGAAGACAAGGAUCAUGGGCAGCAAUAUAACUACCGACUCAUCUUCAGAACCAGCGAGCUGACAACCCUCCGAGGCUCCAUCCUGGAGGAUGCGGUGCCUUCCACCUCGAAGCACGGCACCAGCCGAGGGCUGCCCGUCAAGGAGGUGCUGGAGUACCUGCUGCCCGAGCUGGACCUGUCCUGCCUCCGACUGGCGCUCAACACGCCCAAAGUCACCGAGCAGCUGAUGAAGCUGGAUGAACAAGGGCUGAGCUUUCAGGUGAAGGUCGGGGUGAUGUACUGCAGAGCGGGCCAGAGCUCGGAGGAGGAAAUGUACAACAACGAGACGGCCGGACCCGCCCUGGAAGAAUUCCUCCAGCUGCUCGGGGAGAAGGUUCGCCUGAAAGGAUUCACCAAGUACAGAGCCCAGCUGGACACCAAAACGGAUUCCACGGGAACUCACUCCCUCUACACUUCAUACAAGGACUAUGAGAUCAUGUUCCAUGUGUCCACUCUGCUGCCUUACACGCCCAACAACAAACAGCAGCUGCUGAGGAAACGCCACAUCGGGAACGACAUCGUGACCAUUGUGUUCCAGGAGCCCGGCGCACACCCCUUCACCCCCAAGGCCAUCCGCUCGCACUUCCAGCAUGUCUUCAUCGUCGUGCGGGUGCACAACCCCUGCUCCGACAGCACCUGCUACAGUGUGGCCGUCACCCGCUCCCAGGACGUCCCCUCCUUCGGCCCCCCCAUCCCCAAAGGCGUCACCUUCCCCAAGUCCACCGUCUUCAGGGACUUCCUGCUGGCCAAGGUCAUCAACGCGGAGAAGGCGGCCCACAAGUCGGACAAGUUCGGCGCCAUGGCGACGCGCACGCGGCAGGAGUACCUGCGCGACCUGGCGGAGCGCCACGUGACCAGCACGCCGGUGGAGCCCGCCGGGAAGUUCCCCUUCAUCUCGCUGGCGCACAAGCGGCGGGAGAAGGUGCGCCCGUACAGCGGGGCGGAGCUCCGCAGCCUGGGCGCCGUCACCUGGCAGGUGCACGCCGAGGACCAGGUGGCCGGCGCCGAGCGCGAGUGCCUGCUGGCCGUCUCCAACGACUUCAUCAUCCUGCUGGACCAGGAGGCCAAGGCGGUGGUCUUCAACUGCGCCACGCGCGACGUGAUCGGCUGGUCCAGCGGCAGCCCCGCCUCCAUGAAGAUCUACUACGAGCGCGGCGAGAGCGUGUCGCUGCGCUCCAUCAACAACAACACGGAGGACUUCGGAGAGGUGGUCAAGCGGCUGGAGCUGCUGACCAAAGGCAGCCAGACCACGGAGAUGACCCUGCGCCGCAACGCCCUGGGCCAGCUGGGCUUCCACGUCAACUUCGAGGGCAUCGUGGCCGAGGUGGAGCCGUACGGCUACGCCUGGCAGGCGGGCCUCCGGCAGGGCAGCCGGCUGGUGGAGAUCUGCAAGGUGGCGGUGGCGUCUCUGUCCCACGAGCAGAUGAUCGACCUGCUGAGGACCUCCGUCACCGUCAAGGUGGUGAUCAUCCCGCCGCACGAAGACUCCACGCCGCGCAGAGGCUGCUCAGAGAUCUACCACAUGCCACUUGUGGACUACAAGAACCACAAGGAGGGCAUGCCCUACGAGCUGAAGUUCCCCUUCCGCCCCGCCAACAACAACACCAAGUGGCCGCGCACCUCGUCCAGCCCGCAGACCCGCGCCGCCGGCACCGGGGGAACCCUCAUCAAGGCCCCGCCCGCGGACUUCUCCGACCGCAACGCCGCCGCCGCCGCCACCGCCGCUCUGCCCCGCAGCGUCUCCAGCGACGGCCGGCCGAUCAACCCCAAGAGAUACUCCCCCGGGAACGACAACUACGCCCUGGCCUGCUCCAUCGUGAUGGGCCGCACGCUGCACAACACCAACUCCCCCUCCACCCUGUCCUACAGCGACGCCGUGAGCUCCGGCCACUGGAGGCAGAAGUCCAUGCCUGAAGGGUUCAAUAACAACUCCCAGUCCCCCUCGUCCGCCGGGCGCCACGUGGCCGGCGAGGGGCUGAACGGGAUGAAAGGUCCUGGUUCUGCGGUGGGAUGGAGCCGACCCGGAGACGCCGACUCGGCCGGGAGGCCGGGAGAGAAAACCGGCUCAGACACCGUGGUUUCCAAGGUGGUGAUUCCUCGCCUGCAGCCGGCGGAGCAGAGCAGCCACAUGUCUCCGAGCAAGAGCGCCAAGGCCGACGCCCCGUAUUCGUCCAGCCAGUCCAGCAGCAACACGCUGUCCAGCAACGCCUCCAGCUCCGCCCACAGCGACGAGAAGUGGUACGAAGUGGGCUCCCGCUCGGGCGUGCGCGGCGAGCUGGAGCUCAACGGCUACCUGCAGGGCGCCUCCACCGACAGCGGCAUCGACGCCACCUCCUACACCGCCACGCAGAGCAGCACCGCCUCCUCCACCGGCGCCUGCAGGGCCAGGGACAGAGCGCCGUGGCAGGAGGAGGCGGCGGCGUGCAGCCAGGGGGCGGCCGACUCCCCCUCCCCACCGACGCCCGACUCCCUGGUGGCCGGCGCCAUCGAGAUCCCGGCCAAGAGCCCGGCGGCCGACGGCGGCCCGUACGGCCUGAGCGACGCCGCCUCCCACUCCAGUUCUGGUCACUCGGGCAGUCCCAUAUCGCCGCAGAACGAGCCGGCCGCCGGCGCCGCCUCGCCCACGUCCCCCAGCUCCCAGUCCCCGACCGCCAAGAGCUUCUACCCCCGCCAGGGCGCCACCUCCAAGUACCUGAUCGGCUGGAGGAAGCCGGGCGGCACCGUCAACUCCGUGGACUUCGGCAGCACCCGCAAGCGGCACCAGAGCGACGGCCUGCUGGGCGGCCAGCCGCAGCUCAGAGCCCACCUGCGAGGCUCGCAGUCUCCGCAGCGCCACACGGCCAAGUCCAGCCUGGAGGAGGACCUGAAGAAGCUGAUCACGCUGGACAGCCCGCCGCCCACCACCGCCGAGGAGAAGCCGCCGUUCCCGGGCCCCCCGCCCAGCCGCCGGCCGCUCCACCGGACGCUGUCGGACGAGAGCAUCUACAGCGGGCAGCGGGAGGCGCCGUCGGGCGGGCCGCGGGACACGCCCACCGACCUGCUCUUCAGCUGCUCCACCAUGCCGCGCUCGCCCACCGCCCGCCACGGGCCGAGCCGCCGCGCCUCGCACAAGUCCCUCGGAGACCUGACGGCCCCCGAGGGCCCCGAGGCGGACCAGGAGAGGAGGAUCCAGCAGCUGCAGGAGCCCGCCCUCAUGCCGCUGCCCGGCGCCGGCGCCGACGGCCCGCUGGACUGGGCCCACCUGGUGGACGCUGCCAAAGCCUUCGAGGAGCAGAGGCUGGUUUUCCUGGCGGCCCAGGAGGAGAGCGCCAUGGCGGAGAGCGCCACAGCCAGCAGCCCCCAGCAGGCCGAGCCUCAGGCCGCCCCCCUGAGACAGCCCUCGCCCGGAGACACUCCGGCCUGUCUGAUGGGGAAAGUGAGCCAGCUGGAGUCCAUGGUGAAGGCGCUGCAGGAGGACCUGAAGAAGGAAAAGGACGCCAAGGCGUCGCUACAAGUUCAGGUGCAGAGCCUACGAGAGGACAACCAGCGCCUCCUGGAGGAGUCGUACAGCGCCUCGGCCAAGCUCAAGAAGUUCACCGAGUGGGUCUUCAACACCAUCGACAUGAACUGAGGCCGCCGGCGUUCGUAAACUGGCCUCAGAACCCGGCGGCCGCGUCGAGUCUUCACCUCCAUCGACUGUUUUCCAGGACAAAGCGAACGGGAACGGAGAGACAGCACAGCUCAGCAUGCACUCCCCUUCCUCUGG